AUGUUGUGUUGGAAAUCAUAUUCAAAUCAUUAUAUUUGCUUGUACUUCAUUAAGCUAAAAUAAGAGCGCUUGCUUGUGUUGCUCAAAUAAAAAACACUUGCUCUAUUUGCAUAACUGUUUAUCAUCAAUGUCUGA